AUGGCGAGGGCCCCGCAGCCCCGGCGCGGCCCCGCGGCGCCCGGGAACGCCCUGCGCGCCCUGCUGCGCUGCAACCUGCCCCCCGGCGCCCAGCGCGUGGUGGUCUCCGCCGUGCUGGCGCUCCUGGUUCUCAUCAACGUCGUACUGAUCUUCCUGCUGGCCUUCCGCUGA